GUUAAGGCUUGACCAAAAUUGUGUCAUUACUCAUUAGUAUUCGAAAUAUAUAGAACAUAUACAAAAUAAAAAAACUUUAAAUGGUUCUGGAUGACUUGGCUUUGGGACAAAGUAAGGAAGUCUUUCCUAAAUAGGACAUUAACUUUUUCUGUAGUACCAUGUGUUAGUAGAUCUUCUAUAAGUGAUAAUUUCCAUUCAAAAAAUGUAAGUAUACAUACAUACUAUAUUAUGAGGAUAUAUUUAAUUUAAUAUUAAAUGUGUUAAGAAUAAUCUUAUAUUAUCUGUAGAGUAAGCUUUAUAUUCUAUAUUUUAGAUUGAUUCUUGUGAAGAUACAGACGAACAUUGGGAUCGGCUUAGUCCGUGCCCUUUUUGUGGUCACGAAGAUAGCCCGGUUUUAACCAGAAGUCAAAGAUCAUGUAGUGAUCCUACUAUAUCUGGAUAUUCUAGACUUCCACCAAUUGUAAGUUUUUAUUAAUAUUUAAUAAAAUUAAUAAUAAUACUAAUUAUAAAUCUAAAUUUUAGGCAGUAAAUGAAAUAUCUCUAAAAUUGUGUAAUUUAGAAUGGGUAUUGAGAUAUUUCAAUCCUGAAAACAAUAGGUUAUUUAACAUUAUUUGAAUAAAAAUUAUAAUAAUUAAUCUAUACUUACUAUUACUACUAUUACUUACCUAAUUUUUAAAUUUCAUAAUAAUAUUUAAUUUUUUUGGUACUUAGUUGCCAUAUAGGUACUAAGAAAAACAAUUUUAGGUAUCCAAGUACUUAGGUAGGUAAAUAAUAAUUUACUCUAUAUAAAUUGUUAUUUAAUAUAAAAGAAAUAUAUUUAGCCUUCUUACAUCUCAAAAUAUUAAUAAAAUAUGUUAACUUUUAGGUUUUUAUACUAAUGUUAACUAUUCCUCUCAGAAAUUAUCACAAUUUAUUAAUUUUUCCCUAUAUACAUCGGCAAAUUUAACAACAUGUACAUUGUGAUGUAUUAAAUUUAUAAUUAAGAAAUGAUCAUAUUUUAUUAUAUUAUUAAAUUGUAUCUGAAAUGUCUAUAAUUUAUUUAUUUUCAGGAAAAAUCGAAUCCUUUUCUACCAUAUAAGCCAUCAAUAACUCCUAUUAGCAGUCAGAAUACCAUUGAUCAAAAUUGUAGAUACAUUCAAAAGAAUCUGCCAAUAGAAACUAAACCUCAAUAUCCAACUAGGCACGAAACCAGAGUAGAAUUUUUGUAAGUUUUAAUUACUAAAUACUAUUCUAUUAUUUUAAUUGGUACUAUACAUAUUUGAAUUUGGGUUUCUAUGCGUGUGUUAUUAUUAUUUGUAAUUAUUUAAGAAUACUCUUCCUACUUUAAACCCAAUCUAACAUUUAUAAUUAAGUAAUACAAUAUUUUAUUUUAGGCAGGAAUUACGUAAAGCUCAUAGAAAUGAAAAUUAUAUCACCAUUCAGCGAUUUUAUAUGAGAUUGUUUGAUUCAUUUAGUGAAAUCUGUACACUUUUUAAGGUACUUUAUUAUUUUAUUUUUUGAUUAAAAGUAAAAUUAUUUUUCCUAAUUGAUUAUGAUUUAAAGAUUAAUCCAAACCAAUCUGGAGCCAAACUAGAUGAUCCUGAACUUCAAUUAGAAUUUGUUUAUACAAUAAACGAUGCACUCAAAGACUUAGUAAAAAAAUUGAAUUAAUUUUGUUCAAAUUGUGUAUAAAAACUUUAAUAAUUUUUUUGUUACAGUCUAGUGGAAUUCAUAAAACAGUUUUAAAUUCAAUAAUAAAAGCGCUAUUAGAAAACAAAAAAAAGUGAGAAUAUGUAUAUUUUUUUUAUUUUUGUGAAUAGAUUAUUUAGUUGUACCUAAUCCAAUAUUUUCAUUUUAUGUACAUUUAUCAAAAACUUUAAAGCAUUAUAUUUUACACAGCCUUUAUGAGAAAGAUGAAGUCAGAGCUUUAUUUGUACUUCUCCAAUGUCCAGUUUUUGGAACACAAUCAAGUAUACCAAUAUUUGCACAUUUACUAAAUUAUAUUGCUCACUUAAGCAAAGAUGAUCACCAACUAUUGGUAAAUUGGUUCAGAAUGUAAGUAUUAGUUUAAAUAUUAUAACUCAAAUAAAUACUAAAAUGCAUUCAAUUUAUUAAUUUCCAUAUAAGUAUAAACUUUCAUUUUCAGUUUCCUAAAUCUUAAAAAUCAGUCAAAUUUUAUUAGUGAAAAUGAUUACAUUGAUUUAUCUAAUUGUUUAUUGGAUUGUUUAGUUUGACCACUAACAUACAUGCGUUCAGUUAUAAUCUUUAAUAAUAGCUUCUUCAUUUCAGGAUUCUCCUCAAUUUGCUUUGCAAUAGCAUCCACAUCCAUUUUAAUUUGUGUAGAAUCUUCAUUGGUCCUGCCCCACGAUUGUUGCAAUUCUGAAGGUUGAUGAAGUUGAUUACCAUAAUAUUGUUGGUUGUUAUAAUUAUUUAAAUGUUGUUUGUAUAAAACUAACUGAUCGUAUGCUAAUUGUUCUGCAUUUAAAGGUUGUGUUUUUUCUUUUAUAUUUUUGUAUGAUUCAUCGUAGUUAGUGUUGAAAAUCGUAGUUUGUUGCUCAUUAGGUUGUCUCAUUAGGCUUGAUCCUGAUGUAUAACCAUAAGACGGCAAUGAAGAAUAACGAAAUGAGGUUGGAGUAGAGUAACCAAUUGGAGUUUGACCAGUGUAUUUAUUUAAAGUUUGAGCAGAAGGUACUCUAGCGUAAUAGAGUGGUUUUGAAUUGGAGAGUAAAGGAGAAUAACCAGUUGGAACAGACGAAGCUGAUGAAAUUAUUGGCCCAUAUGGUGUAAUAUUAGGCAUAGAAAUUUGUGGCGCAAACAAUGCACCUGGUUGCAUAGCUCCUAAUCCUGGUGCAUAAACUGCAGAUAAUGCAGAUUCUACAGUUGUCCCAUAUGAAGAUCCUGAUUCACAAUUACUUGGAAUGACAGUAUUAGUAUUGACUGCAGCAUUUUCAUAUUCAUCGGCUAAAUGAAUGGUUUCUGUAUGGUAUAUUGGUUGACGGACAAAAUGUUUAGUUGGGUUUUCAUAGGUAGGUUGCUUUACAAUGUGUUUUUGAUAUCCAUGAUAUGAUGGGCCAAGACCAAUAUGUUCGGUAUAAAGUGGUUUAUGUACUAUUUGUUGAACUUCUGAUAUAACUGGCUUGUUUACAAUUUCUUGUAUUUCUGUAAUAACUGGUUUAUGAAUCACUUCUUGCAAUUCAGUGAUGAUAGGCUUAUGAAUUAUUUGUUGGGCAAUAUUAAUUCCUCCACGAUAAGGUAUAGCAUUGGAAUAAGAUGUUGGAAUAACUGAAGAUAUUAAAGGACCACACGAGUCUGGUAACCCUGCAGACAACCCAUAUAAUCUAGAAUAUCCACUUGAUCCUAAUCCGUAUGAAGGUGAUGAUGGGUAUGAAGAAUAAACUGACCCUGGAAAUCCUAAUGAGUCAUAUGAUCUAUAUGUUGAUCCAUAAUUCUCAGACAUUGAUCUUGCUGGAUAAUUUUGAUUGAUAUGGAUACUAGUUAAUUGAGGUGGGUUGGUGGAUGGAUUAACCUGGCUGAUAGUUGAAGCAUAUGAAAGUCUGAAAUAAUAAUAAAAAAUAAUAAUAAAAAAAAUACGGGGACAUACUUCACAUAAUGGGUGCCAACCACCCAUAAUGGCCACUGUAGUAGGUGAGAAGUUGGAAAGGUAGGGGGAAUUUCAAUGUAUAUCUGUAUGCUAAUAUUAACCAUUACUAAUAAAAAAAAUCAUUCUGAAUGAAGUUUGGUAAAUAGUGUUGCUUUGUAACAAAUUAGGCUAAAUAUUUACGAAUUUCAUCGAAAUUUAAUAAUAAAUUCGUUUAAAUUAUCUAGCAUUUCUGUUUAGUUUAUUACAAAACAACCAAAAUAAAAAUGUUUCGAACAUUUUGCUUCAUCUAGAAAAGGUAAUUGUAUGUUUUUUAUCCGAAUUCCAGGUCUCGACAAAUAUUUAUAACUGAAUCAAAACAAUACAAAACCAAAAAUUGAAAAAAAUUUCGUAAAUUUACACGGUUUUUGCUAUGUUUUAUGAAAACAGCUGGGGUAAUCAACAAAUUACCUUCUUAAGUACCACCCUAGUCAGAAAGGUAAAAAAUUGUGCAUAAAUAAAAACAAAUAAAUAAAUAUUGUAAAACUAAUAAAUUCCUCGCUCCGCUCAGAAUCUAAAAUAAAGCAAAAUGUAAUUUAAAGCAGUAUGCAUACUUAGACAUGAUAUUUAUUAUUUUAGGAAAACCAAAAAACAAGUUAGUUAGAAAUAGAUAAUAUGAUAUUUAAAAAGUUAAAACAAAUUAAUUAUUUAAAAUGUAUGUAACUAUAUAAUAAAAUAAAUAAUUUAGAUUUGUAUAAAAAAAAAAUCUUAUUUUUUCCAAUAAUUAGUAUAUGUUAGUAAUUAGAUAUUCAAGUUUUGUUUUUAUCACUCGCGAGGAUUACAAAUAUUUAAAUUUGUACAUUUUAUUAAAAAAACAACGUGUUGUUUUAUUAUUUUCGAAACAUUUUAUAGUUUAUUUUUCUGAAAAUGUGGACGUUUUUACUUUUUAUUUUUAUUAAAUUCGUGAUUUUUUAUAAUUUUUAAAGUUCAGAGAAAAAAAAGUGUAGUCAAUUCCCAAUAAUAAUAAUAAUAAUAAUAAUCAGUUAGCAAAUGCAAUUAUAGCUUACUGCAUAAUUAUAGGCUAUCAGAAUAAUAAUUAAUAAAACAUAUUUACGAUUAUUAUGGUUAGUAUUGACUAGGUACGUAUAGGAUUCGGAGCGAAGUGAGGAAUAUAUUGGUUUUACAAUUAUAUUUAAAUGUUUUUUUUUUUAUAAAUGACUUUUCUACCACAUUAUCUUGCUCUGGUUUUCAAGUAUGUUCAAUGGUACUUUUAAUGUGAUAAUUUUCUGAAUUUUCAAGUGAUUUUCUUAAUAAUUAGAAACCACAGGGAAAAUAUAUAGGAAAAACCAGAACAUUUACGAAAUGUAUUAUUUUCAAAUUUUGUUUUUGUUGCAAUUCACUUAAAAAUAUUUGAAGAGACUUGAAAUUUGGACAAAAACUUAUAUUUGCCUUUUCCUGACCUGAUAAAAUGUUCAGUGUUCUUAGUCUUUUUUUACCUAUUGAUGUUUUAUUGAUUUUAAUUUUGCGAGUUUUACGUAAUUUUUAUUUGGUAGAUACUAUGUGGAUAUAAUUGUUAGACUAAACAGAAAUGUUUAGAAAAUUGUCAGGAAACACAUAUAAAUCGUAGGUACUAAUAGGUAAGAAAAAAAAAGAUAGUAUAACAUUGUAGUAUUUCUUUUUAUAAGAAUUUUAAAAUGCUAUUUUGACGAAAAUCGUAAAUAUUACGGCCUUUUAAAACAUAUAUAACCGAAUCCCUCACAAAAUUAAUUCGUUAGCAAUGAGUAAUCGUUGCGUACAAAUAUAAAUUAAAUUUCUCUUUAUUAUCCUACCUUCCUAACUUCUCACCUACAACAGUGGCUCAUCCAUUGUGCAAAUUAUGUCCGUCUUUUUUCUCUGAACUUAAAAAAAAAAAUUACAAUUUUAAGGGGAAUAAAAAGUAAAAACGCCAACAUUUUCAGAAGAAUCUAUGACUAUAAAAUGGUUAUCUUUAAAUUUUAAAAGUUAUUUUUUAAUUUUUUUUAUCAAAAUAUAAAAAUUAAAUUAUCUUUAUUAUCUUAGGAGUAAUUGCAAUAGAAAUAUCUUUGUGGGAUACCUGUAUAUAUAAUAUUUACUUAUAAUUGCUUAUAAAUUAAAUGAAUAAAUUGAAACCUAAUUUAUUAUUUAUUCAUUUUUUCUAAGUUCCUAGUUUAAAAAAAAUACUACAUAAAUAAUUUAAUUUUAAUGUCAUAUUGAGCUAUAAUUACCUAGAUUUAUCAUUAGCAUCUGUAUUUAGGUCAGCUUUCGUUUCAGUUCUUAGUUCCUUUUCUUCAGAUUUGGCAGAAGUUUGAACAAUUGGAAAUUGUUGAAUGUCAUUUCGCUCAAAUCGGUGAUUUAAUACAGUCUCAUUUUUAACGCCAACAGAUGAGAAAGGCUCAGGAUCGGCAAUUACGACAGUGCAAACUAAAGUUAAACACAAUAAAAACUUCAUCAUGACACUUUUAAAUUUUAACUAAAUAUAUGUUGAUGGUUAUACUAAAUUGGACAUCACUGGUAAUAAUUAUAGGCAUGCGUUGAGGUAUAAGUAGGCAUUCGAUAAAAAGCAACAUCAGCAAUAUUAUGCAACACCUAAACGUAAAGAAAUUAUUUUGAUAUACAAUUAUAACAUUGUUUGUAUGUUGGUAUUUUAGCUCUCAAGUCGAUUCUUAAUAUUAUAUUGUUUGUAAAUUAAAUAUACAUGUUAUAUAAUUAAAUUAUAGUAUAUCUUACUGUUCAGGACUACAAAAUGUCCAGUUUUUAAGAAAAAAAAACAGUGAUAUUGUCAUUAAAUUUGUUACAUCAUUUAAUUAGGAACUUAACUAUUUUAUAAAGAUAUACAUAAAUCGUAAUGUAUAUAUAUAUAUAUAAACAUAGGGUUACUUUUGAAGCAUGCUCACCCCAUUUUAGUUUUUGAGCGAAGUGAGGAAUGUAAUGGUUUUAGAAUUAUGUUUAUUUUUUUUUUCUGUGAACAACUAUUACCAGGAAUUUUGCUUUGAUUUUCAAGUAUAGCCCCUUUUCUAAAAAGAAAUCAAUCUGGAGUGGUUCCCUUUAAGGGAACCAUUUUUUGAUUUCCCUAGUAGUUUUCAUAAUAAAUGGGGGAAAACGGGGAAAUUUACGAAGUAUAUUAUUUUCAAAUCGUAAAUAUUAUGGCUUUUCAAAACAUGUAUAAUUGAAUUCUGCUCAGAAUCGUUUCUCGUUAGAAACAAUUAAUCGUUGCGUACAGAUAUACAUUAAAUGUCCCCCGUACCUCUCCAACUUCGCACCUAAAACAGUAGCCCAUCCAUCGUACAUAGUAUGUCUGUUUGUUUAUGUUUAAAUUAUGCAUAUUAUAUUCGGAUCUGAUUUUUGAUAUUUUUAAGUGUAGGUUAUAAUUAAAUAUAAUACAUUCGGAUGCUAGAUUUUUCACUACACUUAAGGAGUAUUCUGCAGUGGUAUCAACUUUGAUUUUCCAAAUAAGAAUCUACUUAUAAAGUAAAUUGUGAAUCCGUUGUUUUUUCUGAAAAUGAUGCCAUAUUGUAAUUGAAAUAUGAAUACUGUUUACAAGUUUGGUAAUAUUAAUCCAUAAACAUUUUUUAGUAGUAAGCAUUUGUAAAAUUAUCUGAGCUUAUGUGACUAAGUUAUAAUUACCAAACUCAUACCUACUAACAAUAUAUUCAUCAUUUAAAGUAGAAUAAAUCAGAAAUGUAUCAUUGAAAUUUCGAUUAUAAUACGUGAAAAUGUUAAAAAAAAAAUUAUCUAAUUCACAGUUUGUUAAUACAAUUGUAAUACAUGUUGGUUCUCAUUUGAAAAAUCGAAAUGUUCCAAAAUACUAGCAUUAACAAGGUAUACUUAAAAAGACGGAUAUACUUCACAUGAUGGGUUUAGCCAUUGCUGUAGCCUUGUAGGUGAGAAGUUGGGAUAGGUAUUAUUAAAUUUUGAUAAAUAUCUUUAUAAGUCCAAAUCUAAGAUACUCUUUAAAAUUAUUAUAUUUUUCAAUUAUUUAAACUUUGAAAUUUGAUACUAAUAUUAAAAUUGUGUAUUAAAGAUUGGAACUGGAAAAAUUGAGAUCAUUAAUAAGAAACAUUAUGCAAUUUAUAACUUUGCGUCAAUUUUCUCCAAAUGACAAAUCUCUACCACCUUUAGCAAAGACUCUUUGGUGGAUACCAUCCGCGACAAAAAAUUUAGCAUUAAUCAGUAAGUUUUUUUUUUCUAAAUAGGUAGGUUUUGUUUCACUAAAUUAAAAAACUCAAAGAAUUACAAUACAGAAAUUUUUGGAUUUGUGAAAUUUAAAGUAGAUAUUACAUAGGUAUAAGUAUAGGUAUAAUUAAAAGCAGUUCCAGGACAAGAUAACUGGAAAAGGAACUAUUUUGAAAAUACUUAUAAUGAGGCACACAUUUAUGAUGAAAAUUAAGCCAAAUCCCCGAUUAACAUCUUAAUACCGAAAUCCCGACAGUUAAGAAGAUUGCACAUAUUUUUAGAUGUCAUAGAUUUUCCAUUUUUUUAUUUGUUUAGGUAUCUAUACAUAUUAGUAUUAUAAGCCUAACCCCCUAACCUAAAGGGUGAGAGUAAAUUUAUUAAAGCAUACUUGCAUUAUUAAUCAUUUACGAUUAAUAUAAAUAUCACGGAUGACGGAGACAAGAUUAGAAAAUGUCUUAAAUUUUGUUCCUUAUACAAUAGCCAGGCUCCUAAAUAUUAUCAAUAAUAAUGGUUAUUUGCCAUAAAUCUAUUUUAGGCCUAUGUUGUUUCCGUAUAAUAUGAUGGAGCAUAAUUAGCAUAAGCUACCACCUACACAAUCUCGGAGGACCUUAAUGAUUAUGUUCUCAAAAUUCCAUCUUACUUAUUAUCCGUUUGUACUUUGACUCUGUUCCAACCACUAUCGAGAUAUAUUGCUUUGAAUUUUUGAGUUAUUUAAAACAAGGUUUUAUUUUUACAUUUUUUAAUGUUUUAGUUUAAUGAGUAAUAUUUAAAUUAUUGCAUUAUCUAAUAAUUUACAGUUAAUUUUUUUAUCUAAUAAGUUCAAAACAUAAUUUUAACUAUCUAUUAUUUUUAUUGAAACACAUAAAGGUUUAAAUGUAAUACCUAUCUAAAUAACUUAAUUUGAAAUGCUAGAUGUAAUAUAAAUUAUGUACCUAUCUUAAAUUUUAAAUUUGUUGUAACAUAUAUAAACUAUUUCAGACGCAGCCAACAAAUUGGGAAACGAAUUAUUACAUUUUACUGAAUUAUAUAAUUCUGCAUUAGAUCAUAUUGAUUUAAUGCGUGAUUAUUAUAACUGGCAGAGUUUUGGACCGUACGAAUGUUUUUCUUAUUGUCAAUAUCCAUUUAUAUUGAGUAUUGUCGCAAAGAGAAUCAUACUUACCAAGGACUCGGAACAACAAAUGAUCCUAAACGCUAGAAAAUCAUUAGUAUCUAAAGUUGCUAGAAGACAAACGCCUAAUAUCGAUAUAUUUUUUUUAAAUAUAAACGUCAGAAGAUCUUAUUUGGUACAAGAUUCAUUAAACGAGGUGAGAAAAUAUUAUAAAAUUUGACAUUUUGGCACACGGGCCGUACUCGUGAUUAAAAAAAUUAUCUUUGAAAAUUACCCUCCCUCCCCUUAAUAUUCUGUUGGAAGCAAAAUAUUUGUGAAGAUAAGUGGGUAAAAAUUAGGUAUAUAAUUAUUGUAGGUACCUGUAUCAAUGACAAACUAAUUACUAAUUAUACGCGCAUUCUUCUUUCUAAAUAAGUUUUCAAAUUAUUAAGUACUUAUUAUUAUCGUAAAUAAUUUAAAAUCCAAAUGUCUAUCUAAUUAAUUACGAUUUUAAAUUUUAGCCGGAUGUAAAUUUAUUUAUAUUCAAAAUAUAUAAUAAAUAUGCAGUUUGUCGAUGAUGACAUAUUAAUGUAUACAUAUGGUAUACUUGUUUUUUUACUAUCAUACGCAACUAUUAUUUUUUGUUUCGUCUACGAUCGUUGGUAUUUUCAAUUGUUUAUAAAUUUAUAUUUACAACGCAUAUCCGUUCAUCCGUGUAUUGUUUUUUUUUUUUUUAGAGGUAUAGAGUCCGGAAAAAACAAAUAUUGUUUCCUUAUUGAAUAAACUUAAUAAACUGAUUUCUAUACAUAGGUAAUAGGUAAAUAUUAAGUAGGUACUUAUGAAUUUGCUUAGGCUUAGACACAAAUAGUUACAACAUGAACAAAAUGAUAAAAUGAUUUCGCACAUAUUUUUGAAAAAUUGAAUUCGAAUAGCUACACGUAUAUAGUAAUAAUAUGUAAUAGUUAUACGUACUUAUUUUUAACGAUGACAUUGAAAACAGAAAUCGUAUUUAAAUUAUCUUUAGAAGAAACAUUAUCCACAAAGAUAACAAAUGAGGAUAAAACAGAUAUAAAAACCUUACCUAUGUAGAUGACAAAAAUAAGGGUCGUUUUCUAUACAUGCUGUUUACGAUACGUUUAUAAUUUUAAAUUUUUGUCCAAAAAAUGGGAUACUUCAAAUAUUCAUAAUCCGUAAAUAAUCUGUAAACGUGGCCAACACAUUGGUACUUUAUUAUGUUAUGUAUAUGUAUAUAUAGCCUAUUUUAAGUAUAAUUUACUGACAAAGACACCAGAUUUAAACCCUCUAGUAUGGACAAUAGAAAUUAUUUUUAAAAAUGAAUAUUAGGUACUUUUAAAAAUAUUUUGGCUCUCUAUUUUAGCUAUAAGUAUUGAUAAGUACUAGGUAGGUAUAGUUUUGGCUGUAGGAAAAUCUAACACAAUAAAAUUAAUUAUAAGUUGUUCUUAAUUAUAAACAAAUUAAGCGUAAUGUUAUAUUUUUUAUCAUUUUUAUGAUAAAAUUCUUCUAAAAUAAAUAUAAAAAAUUGUAAUCUAUUUUGUAUUUCUCUAGUUAUAAAUUAAUAAAUUGUUUUAAAUUUAUCGAAAGACGUUAAACCCCGAAUUCGGAUCGUAUUUUAUUUAUUUAAAUAUCAACGCCUCUAGGGCACAGAUUAGAUACAAUUUAAUAGAAUUGCAGCAUUUUAGACUGUAGUCCUAUGUAUAGCAUGGAUUUCAUCGCGUUUACAAUGAUUCAUCGUUUCAACUACCUACCCAAUAAUUAUUAUACCUACCCGAUAUACUUGUAAUAUUUUACCUUUUCAACUUCCACUAAUACAAUGCUAUAUAACGCUUAUACAAUGGUUGAAUUGAUGUGUCUCGCCUAUCAAAUGUGGUAAGAGUCUUCUAUCAUUUUUGCAUACAUUUUAGCAUAGAUAUCUAUACCACUUUAUUUAAUUAACCGAGGGAAGCUAUAGGAAUGUUUUCAUUAGUAGCAUCAGCUGUUUUUAUUUGCACUGCACAAAUUGUUUGUUAUUGAUAGGUAACCAAUCUAUUGAUAGUAAAAUUUAUUCAGUAGGUACUUUAUGGAUAAAAUUGUUAGACCAACCAAAAAUGCUUGAAAAUUUAACAGGUGGUUCAUUAUAAGUUGAACUUAGUGGGGUCAACAAGAGAAAAUUGAAUUCAAUGCAGUAUUUUUUUUAUAAAAAUUUUAGUAUCAAAUUUUGAUGAAACUCAUAAAUAUUACCUACGGCCUUAUAAAACAUAUACUUGUAUAACCAAACUCUGCUUAGAAUCAUUUUUUUUGUCAGCAAUAAUUAAUCGUUAUGUACAGAUAUACAUUCAAUAAAUUCCCUUCUGUAUCUUACCUUCUCAACUUCUCAUCUAUAGCAGAAGCCCACCCAUCGUGUGAAGUAUUAUUGUUUUUUCGACUGCUUUUCCCAAACAAAAAGUAAAAUAUCAAUAUAAAAUUCUAAUUUUUUUUAUUUAGGUAAAUUUAAUAAAUGUGUUAUUAGUGUUCAUAGUAAUUUUAUUCAAUGUUUAAUUGUAAAAUGAAUUACUGAAUUUGCUUCAUAAUAUGUAGGGGGUGCGGGUGACUGUCAUAUUUUUAUCUGAUAAGCAAUUAUAGUUUCUAAACUGAGGUUGCGGAAGGGGAUGCAUUCUUAUUUUUCCGCUAAUUCGAGCGCCCGUACUUUUUACAUUCAGUUUAUUCACAAAUACUAUUACAGAUCGCUUUCAAACAGAAAGAUUUAAAGAAAAAGCUAAAAGUUACAUUCGCCGGAGAACCCGGAUUGGACAUGGGUGGUUUGACGAAGGAAUGGUUUUUGUUACUGAUCCGUGAGAUAUUUCAUGCGGAUUACGGUAUGUUCGUGUAUUAUUCCCAUUCUCGGUGCUACUGGUUCAGCACCGGACAAACAGAUCAUACAAAUCUUCGCGAAUACAACCUAAUUGGUGUACUGAUGGGGUUGGCCGUAUACAAUUCCAUCAUACUGGAUCUCAGUUUCCCGGGCAUUUGCUAUAGAAAACUACUUUCGCCGCCGGUCGUACCCGCAGUCAACGAUAGCAAAGUGGGCGUCGUUGAAAAUCCAACGCUAAACGACCUGACCGAAAUCAUGCCGGUUAGUAUUAUCAAAUUCUAUAAAUGUUUAUACAGGAUGUCUCACGAAGAUAUACCCCUUGAAUAUCUCCUGAGACAAUAAAUAUAAUCAAAUAUAUUACUCAAAGAGAUGACUACAAAUAUUUAUAUUUAAAUUACAUUUUUUUUUUUUAUUAAAAAAAAUAACUUUAUUUUAUUAUUUUUGGAAAAUAUUAUGAUAGCCAUUCUGUAGUUUUUUUUUUCUGAAAAUUUGAAUGUAUCACACAUUUAUGUCCGAUGAACAGUUUCUAAGUAACAACUACUUUAAAUUCUACAAAUCCGUGUGAAAACUGAUGUUAUCGCGUAACACGUAAGGGAAUAACAUAACCAUGUUUUUCUCUAGAUAAUAUAGGUUUUUACACAGAUUGGUAGAAUUUAAAACUGCUUUAAAAUUAAAUCUUCGUUUGACAGCCUAUAUAGUAUAGGUGUUUGGUAUUAUUAUAUGCAGUGACGUAUCUAGAGCUUAAUUAAGGAUUGGCGGUUUAAAAUUGUAAUACAGCACAAAACAUCGCGAGGGAUUUCCUCGUCCAAAAAAAAGCAACAGUUAUCAUUUUUUUUUUUUUUGUAUAUAUAAUUCUUCUCCUUGGCAAUAAAAAAAAGUAGUUUAUAACUUUAAGUAUAAACUAUAAUUAAUGAUACACACAAAAAAAAUAAAAUGACGUAGGCUUCUUUUUCGCGGUUUGCAAAAGGCUGUCACUAUCACCUCUGAAUGUUAUUUUAAGCUCGUAAAACUCUGAUCAAAAAAUAUACGCAAAUAUUGAAAUGUCUUACCAACUGUUUAAUUAAAAAUAUAAUUUUUACUUAAAAUUCAAAUUGAAUUGCAAAAUAAAAUGUACACAUUUUGCAAAUAUUUGAUUUAACUUAUUAUAUGGUUUUUGAAGACCUUGGGGACGUAGCCCUCUAUCUCCCCCUUUAAUGCAGGCCUAGUGUUCAGGGUAUGCGGUUGCAUACCCUGCAUACCCUCUGCGCACACCUAUGGUUAUUAUUCAAUGAAAAAUAAUCGUAGAUACCUAAAACUUUUACUAGAUACUUUAUUUUCAGCAGAUGCUUUCAUAAAUACUUUUUAGAAGAGGUGAAAUUUUCAAAAUAUUCUAGCGUUUUUUGCGUCUCAUUAGUUAUUAUUAGGGCCUAGAAAUUAGUAACCCGAUAUUCUUAAGUAGUGCUUUAAUUAUUGUCUCGGGUAUUUUUGAUAAAAUUUUAAAACAUCAAUAAGUUUUAUUAGAAAUAAAUUCUUUCAUAUACCUAUUAGAUUAUACGUAUACGUAAUAACAGUCUGUUUUACUCUAAUUUUACUGAUCAGAUAUAUGUGUAAAAUAAUAUUUGAAGGGGGCAGUAGCGCGGGGCAGGAGAGCACUCACCGUUCUAAGUAUGAAGGAACAAAUACACUAUAAUAAGGAUAACAAAAAAUAAUAUAAAUGCAGAAUUGUAGAGCUGUUUGUUUCUUAAAUGUUCUAUAAAAUAAAUUUCGAAAAAAGUUAAUACUUUCCGAGAUCCUUAAUGAGUUUCUUAAAAUAUCUUGUUCACCCUGUAUAUAAUAGGUAAGUAUAUUGACAAGAUACUAUCAUAAAUGGCACUGUGAAAGACCAUAACACUGCGGCGUGUCGUAAAUACGUGACAUUUUUCUCAAUUAUCAUGAAAGCCCCCUGGAAAAUCAAAAAAAUGACUCUCUAAAUGCACCAGCUAUAUUCAAUUGUGAUUUUAUUUUAGGAUGUAGCCAAUGGCUUAAAACAUCUUCUAGAAUACGAUGGAAAUGUUGAAGAAGACAUGGGACUUACAUUUCAGGUAAGUAAUUAUAAUUUAUUAAAAUAUAAUCACUUUAUUUUAUUAUUAGAUUACCUACCUAUUUAUUAAUUUUGUCCAUUAUUAUAGUACCUUUAUAUACAACAGUGGCGCCAAGUAUGUAGGUACUUAAGUGGUCAAACUUAAUGACCAGAAUAGUGAAUUGAAUAAGGAUGUUAGUGGGUUCUGGGCAUGGACGUAAAUAGGGUCCUCAAAUGUAUUCAGCCCAAAAUGACCACUGGUUUAAAUAAUAAUAAAGGAAAAUCUAUUUAUUGGUCGAAAAAUGCCAAUAUCAAAACAUUGGUUUAUUAUAUACAUAUAUAUUUCAUCCAUAAUAAAAAUAGUGAUAUUUAUAAUAAUAUAAUAAUCUAAUAUAUUAAUAUAUUAGAACGACGUAGCUUAAUUGUACAAAAUUCCCAGAGGCGUAGAUAUAAAUUAUUUAAGGGGGGGAGAGCAACUUUCAAUUAUUUGUUAUACCCUGAAAACAUUAUUAUUAGGAUUGAGUCAGGAAUUCAAAAAAAAAUGUUAACUAAAUAUUGUGCAGUACAUACAAAUAUAUUAACUAGGUAAUUAAGACUUAAUAUAAUUAAAUACAUGUUAUUUUUUUUUUAAUUAUUAUAGAAGUAAAUUUAAUCUUUAUCUACGGUGUGCUAGUUUGUUGACAAUUUGUUCUGGAUCAACAAUAUGAUGUCCCUAUGAAUAUUUAAAAGGUUUAACCCAGUUAAUGGUCUUGGCUCAUUGUGUUCCUUAGGUAUGUUUUUAGACGCUUUAACAUUGAAAAGGAUCGUUCUGCACUUGUAUUAGAUACAGAAAGUGUAGCCAAAAUGUGUACAACCUUAUUAAUGAGAGGGAAAAAUUGUUUAUUAUAUUGUUCUAAUGUUUGAACUACCUUUAAAUCAUCACUACUUUCAUCCCACUUCUUGGUCCAAAGCUGAUACUCAAUAGAUCUUUAAGUUUUUCAUUGAACAGGUACAUUGUACAUGUUACAAAUUUUGUAACCCACAUGUCUGCAGGACGAUGAAUUUUUAUUUCAGACCGCUAUAAUAGGCUCUCAACCGAUCAUAGUUUUUGGAACAUUGUAACUGGUGAUGGGCACAACUAAGUGAAAACUAUCGAACUACUCGACAGUUUUAAACUAUCAAUUUACUAUUAAUUUUAAAGAUUAUCUAUAUAAUAAAAUAUCUAAGGAAGAGUUGAACAUGGCUCAAGUAGGGCUAAGCACCCCAUCCUAUUUACGUCCAUGAUGCUGGAUGAUAAAUAAAUAAUUGUAUUACCUAUACUAAUGUAAUUGAAUGGAUCUGUUUGUUAUAUAUUUUUACAAGGCUCAUUAAUCAUGAAGACUAACCUAACCUUUAUGGUAUCAACUAUUAGUUAAUGAUCCAUUGGAUGAUUGGGUAGAUUGUAGGUUCUAAAUUAAGAUGAUUUAAACCACCAUUUUUGAAGAAUCUGGCACCAACUUAUACAGAGGUGGCCAAAAAUCGAGCAACAAAUUUGCAUUUCGGCAGUGUUACGAACGAUAACGAACAUGAAACUGCGUCUAAUAGGUUAUGUUGUUUUUUUAUAAACCUUGCUGUUGUUGUAUGUAAACAAGAUGACGAGACCAAAGUUGCAAUAUGACGUAACGGAAACGACGUGGAGGGAGAAACGUGUUCCAUACAAGACGGUAGACGUUGCGCGACUUUAGGCCACCUCUGUGUAUGUACCAUAAUAUUACCAAUAGGCAAUAAGUAGGUUGGUAGAUAGGUAGGUACUUAAUUUUCAUUAUUAUGAGUUUCAUAUUAUAAGUAAUUAGGUAGGUACUAAUUAUGAUAAUAUUUAAAGAAAAAUUAGAAUUUUAAGAAAUAAAAAAUAUAAAAAUGAAAAUAUCAAAUAAAUUAUUAUACCUAAUAUGAAGUAGGUAUAAUAACUUACAGUACCCAUUUUAUACGGUUUUUAGAUUAUGAGUGUAACAAAGAAUGUACCUAUUGGUUUUACAAUUUUUCGUUAGCAAUGGUUAAUUGUUACUUAUAGAUGAAUAUUAAAUUCCUUUCUGUAUCCUACCUUCCCACCUACAACAGUGGCUGCACCCAGUGACGUACUGAUAGGGUAGCAUGACGAGCUUUGAGCUAUGAGUCCGUGCCAUUUAAGGGCUUUAAAUCGGGGCAAAGGCGUUACUUUGAGUGGUUAGUUUGAAAAUAGGCUAUGAACCUUUUUUGCUCCAAUCUGUGUAAAUUAGGUCCCAACUAAGAUGGUGCACUUGGUCCCUUGAUUCUAAUCUAGAAUAUUUGGCCAUGGGCAUUAUAAUUCCUAGUCACGCCACUGGCUGCACCGUCCCCAUUAUGCUAGGACAGCUUUUUAAUUAUAAGUAUAUAUUAUUGUACAGAUACCUACAUAUUAAUUAUUAUCCAAAUUUUAUAAGCAUGUAAAUAUUAUAAUAAUUCAAUAAAGGUUUCCUUGGAAGAAUUCAAAUCAUCCAAAACACACAAAUUAAAACCAAAUGGAGAAAAUAUACCAGUGACAAAUGAAAGUCGCGAAGAAUAUGUAAAUUUGUACUUGGAUUGGGUACUUAAUUUGGCUAUUUACGAACAAUUUCGUGCAUUUUACUUCGGAUUUCAUAGUGUGUGCGCAUCAAAUGCCCUAAUUGUAAGUGACAUCUUUGUUAUAAAUAUUAUAAGUCAAUUGCUACAGAAUUUAUAUACAAUUGAUCAUGUUAAAUUAUACCAUAAAAAUUAAAAAUAGAUGUUGAGACCUGAAGAAGUGGAACUAUUGGUUUGUGGUACAGAAUCAUUAGAUUUACACGAAUUACGAAAAGCUACAGAAUAUGAUGGCUAUAGAUCAGAUGACCACAUCAUUUGGUAUAAAUGACUAUAUUUUAAAUUACUUACCUAUUAUUAUUUUAUUAACAAUUGUUUUUCUUUUCAAAUUUAUAGUGAAUUUUGGAAUGUCAUUGAAUCAUUGUCGGAUGAUCAAAAACGAAAAUUUUUACUGUUUGUCACUGGAAGUGAUCGUGUACCAGUUGGUGGUAUGGGUGAUAUGAACUUUAAAAUAACCAGGGGUCCUAAUAGGUCUGAUUUCUUACCAGAAGCACAUACAUGUUUUAAUCAAUUAGUAUUACCACAAUAUCCAAAUCAAGGUCGACUAAAAGAAAAAUUAGUAACAGCCAUACUGAAUGCUGAAGGAUUUGGAUUGGAAUAAUUUAGUACCUACCUAAAAAUUUGUUUGUACCUGUGUUAGUAAAAAAAUAUCAACAGAGUGAAAGCUAUUUAUUUAUAUGCACCUAUAUAGGUUAUGUUAUAAUCAACAACUGUCGCUAUAAUAUUAUACUUCCUUACAAUAUUUUGAAAUAAAACAAUAAUAUUUAUUGACUUAUCAAAC